AUGGCUGCCAAACCCAAUAUUGUAGACAAAGAAGCCCUUCUCAAAGUCAUUGAGAACGACAUCAAGAAUGAUCAUGAACUGAAAGCUCGUAUACGCUCCAUGAUCGCUAAGACUUGCAAGGCGUACGAAGAGAAGGACAAGAUGGUUCAGUGUGUGACUACCAUCCAAUCAUCUCUCAAACAAAUGCAUGCAACGUUUUUCUUGAUUAGUGAUAAAAGAAAGGAUGUUCGUGUGAUGGAAAAGUUGGCCAAAAUCAUCAACCUGAUUGACAAGUGGAAUGAAGAGAGGUUGAAGAACGAAUUAAUGGGGCUUUGUUUUUGUUUUUUCGGUUUUGUUUCUUUGAUUUUUGUAAGGGUUUAA